AUGCUGCGGCGCGCAGCGCCCGCCGCCGGCUCGUGGCUGAGGCGACUGCGCCACCGUCUGAGCGACGAGCUCGAGCUCUUCACCUUCUCCAUGUUCGCCGCGGCGAGCACGAGCCUCGCCACCAGUGGGGCCGUGCUGCACAUCACGCAGUGGUCUGGCCACGAUGUCGGCUCCGGAGGCCGGCUGUGGGGCGGCUCGCGCCGCCUCGUUCGCUACCUCGAGGUGCACGGCGACGGCAGACGCCCGCUGGACGGACUCCGGCUGCUCGAGCUUGGCGCGGGCACAGGCGGCGUGGGGCUUGCGGCGGGGCUGCUGGGCGCGCACGCGACGCUGACCGACCAGGCGUCCUUCCUCUACCCCGGCGAGGAGCUGCCCACCAACGUGUCGCAGCCGAGUCGCACGCUGCUCGACCUCGCGCGGGAAAACGUGGCGCGCAACGAGGGCGCAUUUGGCGCCGCGCCGCCCGUGGUGGCGAGGCUGCUGUGGGGCGACGAGGAGGACGAGCGAUCGCUGCCGCACCCAGAGUACGACGUCAUCUGCGGCGGCGACAUCCUCGGAUUCACGGCUGCGCACGGCGACCUGCUCCGCACACUGAGGCGCCAGCGAGGAGGGGCCCUCCACACACGGGGAGACGCCACCACCGCGCUUCCUCAAAGCCGGGGAUCGUCCGCCGCCUGCGCCUCGGAGACGGAGUUCCCGCCCGACCUCGCGUGCUUCCUCUCUGCCGUCGCGGCGGAGGGGCUGUGGGCGCCAGCGGUGACCCUGAGGAUGGCGAAAGCCCGAUUAGCCCGUGCGGCCUCCGACACGGCGGGAAAGGCAUGCACUUUUGGGACAAGGGAGGGCUUCUGCUCCCUCUGGCUCGCCAAGCACGCCGAGUCCUACCGCGUGUGGCGCGAUGCAGACCUGCGGGCGCGGCAGCUCUGUCGAAUGAGGAGCGAGUACGAGGACCUCGACUCGCAGCCGCUGGAGGUUGAGGACGAGGAAGAUGAAGAGGAGCCGGCGACGCAGGUCUUCGCCUUCUUUGCUGCACGCUGCGCUGACGCCGAACCCUCGUCGAGCCCCGACGCCGAGCCGGCAGUCUCUCUCCCGUCUGAGGCGGCAAGCAGCAGCGCCGCCUCCGUCCCCCAAUCCGGCACCUCUCGCGACGGCCCAGAGGCGCCGAAGCGGCCAAAGUCGUCUCUCGGCCGGCGCGCGUCCGUGGAGGCCGCCGCGCUGCAGGCGCUCUUGCGGCAGCGCACCUUCUACCGCGAAUUGGACGGCGUCGAGCUGGAGAGGGAGGCGUCGGUGGACGUGUGA